AUGUCCCUCAGUGACGCAUACCUCGAUUUUAUUCAACGUCUAAAUAUUUUGGAUGCACUCAUGAAGAAGAUUCCGAGCACUAUUCCAAUCGCGUCCAAGAAUGACCGCAUUUCUGAGGUCUUCAAGAACAUCCCAAUGCCAAAGAAGCCUGAGGAACAUUGGGAGGUUUUCAACCGCAGGAUGGAUGCCUUGUUUGGGGAGGAUAUGCGCAAUGAGAAUGGUCGCCUCAAGCACAUCCGUCGUGGAGCUCUCGGAAUGGAAGCCGUCGUCAAAUACAUCUCGAAAGCAGCAGAACUUGGCUCACUGACCUGGGAUCUCGCACAAAUCAAGGUUGAUAGGUUGAUCACGGAGAUAAAUACCCUGAUUGAGAAGGGCGAGCAGAGUGUGGAUCCCCAACAAAAGGCAUCCACCAAAACGGCGAAACGUAGUGGCGGAAAGACAAGCCUGAUUAAUGCAACUUUUGCUGAGCUCGAUGACGACGAUGACGACGAAUACAAUCCUCCAAAGCGAGCCUGUGAGGAGCCAGACUCGGCCCCAGAAGAGAUCUUCGAUCCAGACGGGAAUGAGAUCAUACAUGACACAGAACUCGGUGCUAGAUUGAAGGACAAGCGUGCUCGUGCAAAGGCGAACGCACAUGAAGCUGGUGAGGAGACAUCAAACGCGAGAUCUAAAUUAAAGGGGAGAACCCCCAAGGUGUUCAAUGCCAAUGAUUCCGGCCAUGAGUCAGAUGGAAAUUCUGCCCUUCGAAGAGUUGAAGAAGCUGAACAGUCUCAGAAGAACACUGGCCACCGCGGUCCUCAAAAUCAGAGUAUGAUUCACUAUCAUGACCCUGUUCCAAUGAAAGACAAGUCCACGGGGAAACUACGAUGGUCGUUCAGCUGUAAAUUUUGCAAUAGUCAUGUUCGAAGCGUCCGGACUGUUGAUCGUACAGUGAAAGGGAAAGACCCGAAAUGGGAGGAUGAGCCCAAGCUGCCAAAGAUGAACAAUCUUGUGAGCCACCUCAAAGAAUGCAAAGUCAAAAACUCACCGGAAGAUAGCACUGACAGCGGUGAUGAGGGCACCUCCAUAAAUUCCAAGUUUAACCUCAAGAGAAGUGCGGAUAUGAUAGGAGAGUACCUAAAGGAGGGUGAGAAGAAUCCGCAGGUUAUUCCGACACAGAAGGGGUUCUUACGUCUUUUUUCGGCCUGGAUCCUCGAUGAAAGUGUUCCUUGGACGACUGGAGAAUCUCCAAGCCUUGCUGCCCUGUUUAAGUAUCUGAAGAUCACAUUCAACCUUCCAUCCAACACAACAGUACGCAAUCAGCUUGCUCACAUCUUUCAUGAUUUGCACACAAAAGUCGUUCACGAGUUCUCGGUGAGCUAG